AUGGAGGAGGAGGGCAAGAAAGGCAAGAAGCCUGGAAUAGUGUCCCCUUUCAAGCGCGUCUUCCUGAAGGGCGAGAAGGGCCGCGACAAGAAGGCCCAGGAGAAGGUGACGGAGCGGCGGCCGCUCCACACCGUCGUGCUCUCCCUGCCCGACCGCGUCGAGCCUGACGUCCUGCUCAACGACUACAUCGAGAAGGAAGUGAAGUAUUUAGGCCAGCUGACGUCCAUCCCCGGGUACCUGAACCCCUCGAGCCGCACCGAGAUCCUGCACUUGAUCGAUAACGCCAAGAGGGCUCACCAGCUCCCAGGGCAGCUGACGCAAGAACAUGACGCCGUGAUCAGUCUGUCGGCCUAUAACAUCAAGCUGGUAUGGAGGGAUGGAGAAGACCUCAUCCUCAGGGUGCCCAUCCACGACAUCGCGUCCGUCUCCUACAUCCGGGACGACUCCUCUCACCUGGUGGUGCUGAAAACAGCUCAGGACCCCGGCAUCUCGCCAAGCCAGAGCCUCAGUGCCGAGAGCUCCAAAGCGCUGACGUCGGGCUCGCUGUCCGAGAGCGGCGUCGUGCCCGUCGAAGCUUGUUGCUUGGUGGUCCUGGCUACGGAGAACAAGGUGACUGCAGAGGAGCUCUGCUCGCUUCUCAGCCAAGUCUUCCAGAUCGUUUACACCGAGUCCACCAUCGACUUCUUAGACAGGGCAAUAUUCGACGGGGCGUCCACGCCGACGCGGCACCUCUCCCUGCACAGCGAUGACUCCUCUACCAAAGUGGACGUCAAGGAACCUUACGAAGCGGAAGAAAGUGGUUUUUCCUUUCCAGAAACCCUGGACGUCGAUGACAUCUCCCCCUCUUCUUUCUCCACACAACAGUCUCCUCACAUUAAAACCGUCAGCGAGAGCGAGCUCAGCACCACGGCCACAGAGCUGCUCCAGGACUACAUGAUGACGCUGCGGACGAAACUCUCUUCCCAAGAGAUCCAGCAGUUCGCGAUGCUCCUGCACGAGUAUCGCAACGGCGCUUCGAUACACGAGUUCUGCAUCAACCUGAAGCAGCUCUACGGGGACAGCAGGAAGUUCCUGCUCUUAGGCCUCAGACCCUUCAUCCCCGAGAAGGACAGCCAGCACUUCGAGAACUUCCUCGAGACCAUCGGCGUGAAGGACGGCCGGGGCAUCAUCACGGACAGUUUUGGGAGGUACAGGCGGACGCUGAGCACCACCUCCAACUCCACCACCAACGGCAACGGAGCUGCGGGCAGCUCGGACGAGCAGUCCGUGCCCUCGGAAGAGGACGAGUGGGACCGAAUGAUCUCGCACAUCAGCAACGACAUCGAGGCCCUGGGCUGCAGCAUGGACCGCGAUUCCUCUUGAGGGGGAGCAGGGGGAGGAAGGACAGGGCGGCUCCGUCCUCUCCCUUCCGCUCUCCUGGAAGGAGACUCAUCUUCGUGCCUGUCUUCCCGACCUCCAUUCUGGAAGAGGGAUUUUUCCCGGGAUGGAGCAGGAUGGCCCACGUUCCCGUGGCUUCGCUGGCCCAAAGGGCCCCCUCUUACUGUGAGGGGAGGAAGAGGAGGCCGUGGCGGCCGGAGGGUCUCGGCGCCAGCCCGGGUUACAGUUUGCACACGAGCUGCCCCCUGUAACCGCUCUCUUUCCCCCCUUUCAAUGAAGUUGACCACAAUGUGAAUUUAUUUAAACCCAACAGCGAUGCCGGCGCCACAGGCG